AUGUGGUUACUUUUUUUGUAUUGCCUGUUCAUGUCUGCAUUUUUCCUUUGCUUAAUAAUUUUAAUUAUGGCCAAUUUGGAGCAUAAAUGCAAACUUCAGGAUAAUUUUAACUUAAAUGGAAUAUACAAAAAAGGGCAGAUUAUAUUAGGAGGACUAUUUGAAAUUAAUUAUAAAACUAUUAUUCCUGAGUUGUCCUUUAAAUCUAAACCAGAACCGUGGAAAUGUGAAAGCCUAGAUUUCAUAGGGGUUCAGUCGGCACAGACAAUGGUGUUUGCUAUUGAAGAAAUAAACAAGGAUGAGACACUCCUGCCAAAUGUGACCCUGGGAUACAGAAUCUUUGACAAUUGUCUUAGAUUACCAGUGGCACUCCGAACGGCCGUCACUUUAGUUGGUGGUCUAGAUGAAGUGAGCACUGAAUACAACUGCAGUGGCAUCCCUCCUGUUCUCGCUAUAGUUGGUGAUCCAGGAUCCACACAUUCUAUUGCUCUAUCAAGAAUUGUUGGCCUUUUCCACAUGCCAUUGGUAAGUUAUUAUGCCACAUGUGCCUGCUUAAGCAAUAAACAAGAGUACCCUUCAUUCUUUAGAACAAUCCCAAGUGACACUUUUCAAGUCAAAGCUAUGGCACAAAUAAUUAAAUAUUUUAACUGGUCCUGGGUUGGUAUUAUAGGAAGUGAUGAUGAUUAUGGACAUUAUGCUGUGAGAACAUUUUAUGAGGAAAUAGCAAAAUUUGGCUGCAUAUCAUUCUCUGUGACCAUCCCAAAAGUUAAUGAAAUAAGCAAAGUGCAGCACAUAAUUAAUACUAUAAAACAGUCAACAGCAAAAGUAAUUAUAAUAUUUUCACCUGGGGUGGAUGUAAAUGUUUUAGUAAAAGAAGCAGUGCGACAGAAUAUUACUGGCCGGCAAUGGAUUGCAAGUGAGGGAUGGAGUACAUCAACAGUUUUAUUAAGCAAAGAAAAUUUCAGAUCAUUUGGUGGAACAAUAGGCAUUGCAAUUCACAGAGGAAACAUUCCAGGGCUCAAAGAAUUUCUCCUUCAAGUUCACCCUGAUACAAAUUCAGGAAAAAAUUUAAUCCAUCAAUUUUGGGAAAAAAUAUUUGAAUGCAAAUUUUCAGAAAAUGUUACAAACUCCUCCACAGUGCCUAGCUGGAAAGAAUGCACAGGAGAAGAGAAUAUCAGUAACACCCAAACAGCAUAUAGUGAUGUUUCAGACUUAAGAGCCUCCUACAAUGUUUAUAAAGCUGUAUAUGCAAUUGCACAUGCACUUCAUAAUUUGAAUUCCUGUGAAAAAGGAAACGGUCCAUUUGAGAACAACUCCUGUGCGGACAUUGCAAAUGUACAACCAUGGCAGCUUCAUCACUAUCUGAAACAAGUCAGUUUUAGUAUGCAUUCAGGUGAAAGAGUUGCUUUUGAUGAGAAUGGAGAUGCCCUCGCAAUCUACGACAUUGUAAACUGGCAACUGAACAGUGAUGGAAAUACUGAAAUUAAAACCAUUGGAGUUUUUGACAAAGCCUCUGGCUCAGGACAGGAGCUUUUUCUUAAAGAAGAUGAGAUGUUUUGGAAUUUUGCUACUGCAAAACCUCCAGAGUCUGUCUGCAGUAAGAGCUGUCAGCCUGGCACAAGAAAAGCCACAAGAAAGGGUGAGCCAGUUUGUUGUUUUGAUUGCAUCCCAUGUGCAGAAGGUGAAAUCAGUGGGCAGAUAGAUGCUGAUGAAUGUGAAAAAUGUCAGCCUGAUUCUUGGUCAAAUUUUGGAAGAACCCAAUGUGUUCCAAAAGAAGUUGAGUUUCUCUCCUAUGAAGAUGCCAUGGGAACUGCAUUGACAGCAGUUUCAUUAUCCGGGGCUGCCUUGUCAUUAGCUGUACUAUCAGUGUUUAUCUACUAUCGGGAAACUCCAGUUGUGAAGGCAAACAACUCUGAAUUGAGUUUUCUUUUACUUAUUUCUCUAAUUCUCUGUUUUCUAUGCUCCCUUUGUUUCAUUGGAAAACCCACCUAUCUGACUUGCAUCCUAAGGCAUGUUGUAUUUGGCAUCAGUUUUGUUCUGUGCAUCUCUUGUAUCUUGGUGAAAACUAUUGUUGUCAUUAUGGCCUUUAAAGCGACCUUACCUGGGAAAAACAUUAUGAAGUGGUUUAGAUCUCUACAGCAAAGAGGAACUGUGUUUUUACUUACCCUAAUUCAGGCUCUAAUAUGUAUUGUCUGGUUAGUCAUAGCCCCACCAACACCAUCCAGAAAUACCAAAUAUCAGAAUGCAAAAAUCUUCUUAGAAUGUGAUAUUGGCUCCAUUACUGGGUUUAGCUGUCUAAUGGGUUACAUUGGCUUCCUAGCAAGUAUCUGCUUUGUACUGGCUUUCCUUGCUAGAAAAUUGCCAGAUAAUUUCAAUGAAGCUAAAUUCAUCACUUUCAGCAUGAUUAUCUUCUGUGCUGUUUGGCUAACAUUCAUCCCAGCUUAUAUUAGCACUCCGGGAAAGUACACCGUAGCUGUGGAAAUAUUUACAAUUCUGGCCUCCAGUUUUGGCAUUAUCACAAUGAUUUUUUUCCCAAAAUGUUAUAUUAUUCUGAUCAGACCAGAGAGAAAUACAAAAAAGUUUCUCAUGGCAAGAGCAGAUCCCACUCCAUGUUAA